AUGACAAGGAUACUGGUCACCGGAGCGGCUGGUCAGAUCGGAUCAGAACUCGUUCCGGCGCUUCGGGAGCAGUACGGGAGCAAGAACGUCGUCGCUGCGGGGCACCGUACUCCGCUGCCUGGUGCCGUGCGGGACGGCGGGCAAUCCAUCACCCUCGACGUGACGGUCCAAGCUGAUGUAGAGGCCACGAUACGUGACCUCGGCAUUGACGUGAUCUACCACAUGGGGUCGAUACUGUCCGCCCUUGCGGAAGCGAACCGGCAAACGGCCCACGCGGUCAACAUCAACGGGCUGUACAACGUGCUCGAGGCCGCCCUGUCCUGCGGUGUAUCCCAGGUAAAUGUUCCAAGCUCGAUUGCGGCAUUCGGCCCGGACACUCCGACAGUGGAUACGCCAAACGAGACGCUACAGCGGCCGAACACGCUCUAUGGAAUCUCCAAGGUCUUUGGGGAGUUGCUCGGAAAUUACUACUUCGAGAAGUUGGGGCUGGACGUUCGUGGCCUACGGUUGCCGGGAAUUAUCAGCUGGAAGACGGAGCCGACGGCUGGGACAACAGACUAUGCUGUGGCGAUCUUUUACGGCGCUCUAAGGGAGGGCAGGUACGAAUGCUACCUUGGGCCUGAUUCUAGACUUCCGAUGAUGUACAUGCCGGACUGCAUCAAGGCGAUAGUGGACCUGGCAGAGGCGGACGUAUCUAAACUCAGGCAUCACGCCGACUUCAACGUGGCGUCGAUCAGCUUCACUCCGGACGAGUUGGCGGCGGCUAUCAGGAAACGGAUUCCUGACUUCGACAUCGAGUACAAUGUAGACCCACUUCGACAGGGCAUUGCGAACUCGUGGCCCGAUUCUCUGGACGACACCGCUGCACGAGAAGAGUGGGGCUGGAGUCCCACCUACGACCUCGAUGAGAUGGUGGACGACAUGCUCGAGAAUCUCUCUGUGAAGCUGGACAUACAGCGCAACUGA